GUUACACAGUUUGGUCGAUUUGAGCCUACUGGAUGUGCCACUGGAUACAACGGACCCAAUUGGGAUGACCCAAUUUUACUAUCGCGACUAUCCGGAACGACAAGAAUACGUGGCCCAGUUCGUUUUACGAUAUGUGAAUCCAGCUUUCAAGUUGUUAGCUGCGAGAGCAUCGAUCGGAUUACAGGUGGAUCCGAAGGACUAUGCCGCAAAAGGAUGGGGCAAAAGGUCUUCGCUGCGAGAUUGGCACAUUACAAGACACAGAAUCAAUUGGUGUCUAAUACUAUGAAGGACGACAUUCCACCGUUCUUCCGAGCUCAUGUCGCUAAAUUGGGACAACCCAUGGAACAUAUCAGCAUAGCGCACACAGCUCGAAAGGCGCUGAAAAAGUGUAAGACACGAAUGGAAAAGGGCAACUUGAUACAGCGCCAUGCCUCCCAAGUCGAAGAAAGGGUCAACAAAAUCAAAGAUUCCCUGGGAAGUGACUACGUCGAACCAGUGGACGGAAUUGAAACGUACAUCGAUGAAUUCCUAGUUAAGAAAAGCGACCGACGUCCGGAACGUGCUCCCAAUCAGAUGGGACGACGCGGUAUACGGAACCAGCAGCUUAGGGAGAAUCUCGCUGAUGUGCAACGUCGCCUAGCUAACGACCCCGAUAACCGAAGACUGCGACUAGAAGAAAAUGACGCACGCCAUCGACUUGAGGCGGUUAAGCGAAGUCGCCAAGGUAAAGGUCGUGGCCAACGCGAAGUCGACCCGACAAAGGUCAUGGAAGUCGACUCGACGGAACCAGUUGACCGAACUUCCGAUCGAAACCAACCGGAAAGCGCUAAGAAACGCCCGCCAAGAGAUGGCGAGGGCGAUUCAAAUGAAAUGGAAUAGCGCUGAUCGUUAGGAUCACACUAUUGAAAGGACGUCUACGGCAAUUUGUCGCGUUUAUAGCACAGAAUUGCCUAAAAGAAAUCAUGUGGAAUAUCUAUUGGGGUUGAAAUUGAUUCGGUCUAUAAAGCCGGCCCCAAGGGAGUUGCUACGGCAGUUAGCCGGCCCUCCUCUCUAAGCGACUCAGUGUUAUAAAUGCACAAGAGAAACUACGGUAAUCAAGCCGGAUCUCUUGAAUACGAAACGGGACCACAAGCGGCGAAAAAGAGAAAGACAACAGGUGGAAUAUUGAUGAGGUUAACUUAAUGCGGCAAUCAGCCGGCUUCAUUAGAGUUGUUACGGUAAACUGCGCCGGCACUCUUUUCAGGCGACUCAGUGUCAGAAUUAAAACGAGAAAAACUACGGUAACCAAGCCGGGUUUCUCGUAGUAAUGUUAGCCACAAGCGGCGAACAAGAGUAAAAGAUUAAAUGUGGAAAUUUCAUGGGGUAAACUCAAUGCGGUAAUUGGCCGGCCCCAUCAGAGAUGCUACGGUAAACUUGCCGGCACUCUGGCCGCUCGAGGCAUACUGAAGUUGGAUGUGCGACGGAAAAGGUCAAACUGCAAAUUUUACCAGGGAGGCAAGCAAAGAAGUGCUUGAAAGCCGCAGAAAAUCGGCUAAGUCCCUCCAUGACCUUUAACGGAACUUUGAAGAGAAGCUGGAUGACCUUUGGGAUUAUCAAUUGCCCAACAAAGUCACCGGUAAUGGAAUCAAAGUCGCAUGACCUUUGGGACCAUUAACCCAAAAUGAGUCGCACAUCUCAACGGAUCAUCUCAACAAAGGAUGACCUUUACCAGGGAGGAAGCGAACUACGCUUGUCUACAUGACGUCUCUCCAUGACCUUUAUGGAUCUCAUUUUGAAGUCGUACAAUUGAUACGCACCAUAUUCCAAAGAUGAAGCAGUAUUCCUAAGUCGUACUUGAUACGCACCCGAUUCUCAAAGCGGAUUGUGAUGAAAGUCGCAUUACGGAUGCGCGAAGUUGCUCAACGGAGCGGAAUGGGCCAAAGUGCGGAAAACGGUGGACAGGACCUGUGACCUUUACGAGUCAGAAAUGGAGGAUCCUAGUCUACAUUUUGAUUAAUACUUUUGUUGAUCUGUUUAACUGUUGAUCUGUUUUCUGAUAGUAUUUUUAUAAUUGGAUCUCUUUAUUCACAUCGUAUUAAAUGGAAUUGUGCCUUAUGGAAUUGAUGUGAUAUGAUAAAUGGAUUAAGAGAAUUUGAUGUUUUUGAGCGCACACAGACACCGGCGACCGUCGUCUUCUCGUGGAUCCGGGAGUGUGUCCAGCCUCACAGGAGCUCGGCAUCCCCCCAGAGGCAUGUGAGACCGGGAUCACUAGCGUUCACGUCAGUGGCGCUACGCCUGUGGCGCUACGCCUUUGGAUUACGUGUCUGUGUUGUGUCUCUUGUGAUUGGCUUGCGUUCUGAUAGUGGGCGCGGCAUAGCACGUGCUGCACAGCGUUGCACGCUGUUGAAUUGGCUCUACGUUUUACGAUCGAGCUGCGCCGAUCACUUGUUGAUUUUCUGUUCUCCAGACUUUCAAUAUUAAAAAGUCAGCAGUUUACGGUGCGACGUUUUGUGAUUUCGCAAUAGUUCGCAAUCCAGAUCGUAUUGCUCACUUCCACGGGAUAGAUUCCGUUUCUGUCUCCGUCUGUGGAUCUAUUCUGGAUCUA